CAGAGCUGAGACAAAUGUAAACCUGGUGGAUGCAGGAAUUCAUCGCAUGCUGCUGAUGACCAUAUAAAGCUGCCCUUGUCUGGAGUGAUCACAAACACAGCAGACCGGUCGAAAAAAAUGCAUUUGCUGCACACAGUCACACUCGGCUUCAAGACAAACCUCCACACUGAAAUCUGAAACUGCAGAAGUGCCGUGCUCCACCAGGCACUCGCCACUCUUCUGUGCUCCUCUGAGAAGUUCACUUCUUCCAGACUGGUUUCACUCAUCCUCCCUCAGAGGGGAUUUCAACUCAGACACGUCUCCUGCCACUGUGCACGGAAACAGCAAUGCAACUUGAGAGAUGCAUAGUAAAGCAGACUGACUAUGAGCUUUGAGGAUCUUCAGAACAGCUAUCCCGAGGGAAGGCGAUGCUCCCGAUGGCCCUUCACCACCUCGGUCUGUGUGUGGCGUUUUGCCUCAGCAGCAGUCUGGCCACACCUUCGCAGUUUUACAGUUUUCUGGAGGGAAGCACAGAUGAAGAAGACCUCAGCAGCUUAAACUCCUCUCUGCCCACCAGCAACCUCUCCUCUGUGUACCAAACCACACCGGUGGACACAUCCCAGGAGGACAAGGACUUUCUGAAGGAGCUGGUGGUCUUCCUGGAGGAGAACAAGCUCCUCAUCUUGGUCGUAGGAACUCUCCUCUUGCUGGUCUUCCUCGUCAUCUGUGGGUCGAUUUUCAUGAGCCGAAGACGCAAAGUCAACGCCUACUACCCUUGCUCCUUCCCCUCAAAGAUGUACGUGGACCAAAGGGACAAAACCGGAGGGGCCAAACCUUUCAACGAAGUGCAGGAAAAAGCAGCCGCUGAGCAGGAAAGUGAGCCGGUGGACUCUCACAAGCAGCUCCAAGCCGACAUCAUGAGAGCUGCCAGGAGCCUUCGCACACCAAAUAAAUCUGCUGAUGCUGUGGAGAGAAGUGACCCCACUCAAAAAGUAGCAGAGGACAGCUCCAAACCAGAUGUCUGCGUCCUGGACCAGCAGCUUCCAAGCCUCCCUGAGGAGAAGGAGCUGUGUGAGGUUCCUGAGAGUGAAGCAGCAGCAGCAGCAGAGUCGAGUCCUUCAGAGCAGCUUCAUCCUGAGAAAGAGGAUUCACAGGAGCCUUCCACUGGGAAGAGUCUCCGGCCCUCGUCUCUUCACAUUCACAAUGACUCUGCCACACUUCAGCUGAUUGCUGGAGAGAAAACUGCCUUCUAAGAAAUCUAAACAAGUUUCCUAAUGCUUGUGGAAAUUUGCCCAGCGAGCCUCCAAAGAUUUCUACAGGUUUACUGAAGCAAAUGUGGAAAAGUUACACUCAAAAUUUCAAGAUUUCCUUCAGUGCUGAGCAGCUAAACACUCAGCAGCCUGUUUGCUCUGGAUUAAAUAUAGCAUUCAUGCAAUUUGUAAAUAUGUUUACUGGUAUGAAAAGCAGUUGUUCUGUUGGGGGUGAUUUUUGUGCUGCUGGAAAUUUUAUGGUUUGUCUACAGCCUGAAACAUUCCUGCAUGUGGGUCGGUACCGUAAACAAUGUGUGGUGUGGACCCAGAUACACUAUUUUGCCAAAAGUAUUCACUCACCAAUCCAAAUAAUCAGAAUCAGGUGUUCCAAUCACUUCCAUGGCCACAGGUGUAUCAAAUCAAGCACCUAGGCAUGCAGACUGCUUUUACAAACAUUUGUGAAAGAAUGGCUCGCUCUCAGGAGCUCAGUGAAUUCCAGCAUGGAACUGUGAUAGGAUGCCACCUGUGCAACAAAUCCAGUCGGGACAUUUCCUCGCUCCUAAAUACUCCACAGUCAACUGUCAGCUGCAUUAUAAGAAAGUGGAAGUGUGUGGGAACGACAGCAACUCAGCCACUGCAGAGUCAAUGGCUACAGGCCUUCAAACUUCAUGCGGCCUUCAGAUUAGCUCAAGAACAGUGCUUCAGCAGAGAGCUUCAUGGAAUGGGUUUCCAUGGCCGAGCAGCUGCAUCCAAGCCGUACAUCACCAAGUGCAAUGCAAAGCGUGGGAUGCAGUGGUGUAAAGCACGCCGCCACUGGACUCUAGAGCAGUGGAGAUGCCUUCUCUGGAGUGACCAAUCGCACUUCUCCAUCUGGCAAUCUGAUGGACCAGUCUGGGUUUGGCGGUUGCCAGGAGAACGAUACUUGUCAGACUGCAUUGUGCCAAGUGUAAAGUUUGGUGGAGGGGGGAUUAUGGUGUGGGCUUGUUUUUCAGGAGCUGGGCUUGGCCCCUUAGUUCCAGUGAAAGGAACUCUGAAUGCUUCAGCAUACCAAGACAUUUUGGACAAUUCCAUGCUCCCAACUUUGUGGGAACAGUGGAGCUGGCCCCUUCCUCUUCCAAUAUGACUGUGCACAAAGCAAGGUCCAUAAAGACAUGGAUGACAGAGCCUGGUGUGGAUGAACUUGACUGGCCUGCACAGAGUCCUGACCUCAACCCGAUAGAACACCUUUGCGAUGAAUUAGAGCAGAGACUGAGAGCCGGGUCCACCAUCAGUGUGUGACCUCACAAAUGCGCUUCUUGAAGAAUGGUCAAAAAUUCCCAUAAACACACUCCUAAACCUUGUGGACAGCCUUCCCAGAAGAGUUGAAGCUGUUAUAGCUGUAAAGGGUGGACCGACGUCAUAUUGAACCCUAUGGAUUAGGAAUGGGAUGUCAUUUACAUUCAUAUGCAAGUCUAGGCAGGUGAGCGAAUACUUUAGGCAAUAUAGUGCACUUCUGUGCAGAACACUGCACUGACUCAGAUCAGUUUUUGAAUCUUAGCAAGAAGAAAACCACUUCCUGAGAUUGGCGGUGUUACAUCUAAGAAGCAGCCGUAUAUAGAUGCAAGUAAAAGCACUUAUAAAGACUGUAUUUCCUUUAGGUUAGCUUGUUCUUCAAUCACAGUAUAACGUAGCACACUAAAAUGGCAUUAAGAAAGAGUUAAACUUGUGUUUUUCCAUAAAUGACUGUUAAAAAUGUCUUAUACAGGACAAUUAUUCAGGGUAUUUAAUAAAUUGGAUUCAAAACAACAUAUGAUUCAGUAUACUUUUAUUGCAGACUUUCAGUUAAGCACAGGUAAAAAUAAAUUACACUGAAAACUAAUGGACCCUUUCUUUGUUUCAAGCCACUUUGCUUAAUUGCAUAAAACAGGUGAGUGCUUAGGGUGCAGGCAGGAUCUUUAAAGCGGCAGUGUGGAGCUUUUGUCUCCCCCUUUUGGCAGUGAGAGUUAUUACACAAACACUGUAAAGUGUUUUCAGUGCGUUCAAAUUGUAAUCCUUCUUCUGAAUGCCAAGUUUGUUUAUCUGGAGUAUUGUAACUUUUUCCUCAGAUGCUUCUUUUUGUGCGACACUCCUAGUAGCUGUAUCCUUCACUCAUUGCUGGUUGA